AUGAGACCUUCCUUGAGGAAGUGCAGUGUGCUCUGUGCGAAGUGCCGAAUAUGGAGUCCCUCAUACUCGUGGACGCUGGCACGCAACGCUGUAAGAAAUGGAGUUGAAAUGCCUUUGAAGCAGAAAACCUUCAACAUUCGGGCGACAGGUCGAAGCGCGCAAGGCGACAGCGAAAGAAAUGGCGAAAACCGAAACAAAAUGAACCCAUUCAUGGGAGGGGUUUGGAGAGACGCCGCCGUCGAAUUUCCAGACAGUAAGCAAGGUAUUUUAGCUGACCAUCCGCUGGCUCCGAGCUGA